CACAAAUGAAUAGAAAAAUAACUAUUAAAAUUCAACAUUUUAACUUUGUUUAGCUUCAUAAGUACUUACACUGAUAGAACUAUCUUAUUUAAUAAGUUACUUUGCUAUGAAAUAAUACUUUCGAGGAGAAAUGGAGUCAUACAAAUUAGAUGACAGGAGGAACAUUACAGGAAGCAGUAACACCAUUAACGUUGAUGAGAAAAUAUCACAAAAAAGGAAUUGGUUUGUGAUUUGUGUCUUGAUACUCUUAGCACUUGUCUUCCUUGCACUGAUUAUCCUCAUUGUGGCCAUAUUCCUUGUUCUUACUGCACUCAAGGACUCUGGAGAUAACAAAAUUGCUCCGUCAAAUGGUCCAAAGGAACAAUGUGCGUAUGUCCCACCAAAUAUCACAAACAAAGCAGGGCUAGGUCGCUUCAAGUUCUUCAAUGCUCUUUU